UAGGCAACCCUUCUUUAACUUCAAACAAAUUGCCGCCAAAUAAGCUUCACUAGCAAUAAGUUUUCCGCAAGUUCUGCAAAUCCGUAGGAAAUACAAAGUUUUGCAAAAAUUUCUAAACACAUAAUGGAGGAAGGAGGUGGUAGUAGACCAAAAGUGCUUCAAAAUACAGGCAAAUUUACGUCGGAUACACGCGCUGAAGGCGAUGACUUCUUCAACGAGGCUGGAUACCGACAGUCGCGUGAAAACGACAAAAUCGACUCCAAAUAUGGCUUCGACCGUGUAAAGGAUAGCAUUGAGCGUACUGGCUACCUCAUAAAUAUGCAUUCAACAGAGAUUUUGGAUGAAGAUCGCCGUUUAGUUGCUGCUUUAGAUUUGUUUUUCAUACAAAUGGAUGGCUCACGCUUCAAAUGUACUGUCGCAUAUAAACCAUAUCUAUUGAUACGUCCAGAUGAGAAACAGUCACAUGAAGUGGCGCGUUUUCUGAGUCGUAAAUAUUCCGGCCAAUUGGCAAAUGUAGAACACAUUAGUAAAGAGGAUCUCGAUCUGCCAAAUCAUUUAGUGGGUAAAAAACAACACUUUCUCAAACUAUCAUUUCUGAAUCAGACCGCUAUGACAAAAGUGCGUCGUGAAUUAAAUGCAGCGGUGAAACGCAAUUUGGAACGUGAGAAAUCCAAUACAUUUUAUAUGCAAAUGUUAUCGUCCUCGUUAGCUGCAUCCAAUAUUGGUGGUGAUGGUGAAGUUAAAAAACAAAUGGAUUAUAUGGAUCUAAUAUUAGACAUACGUGAGCACGAUGUGCCUUAUCAUGUGCGUGUGUCAAUUGACUUGAGCAUAUUUUGUGGUCAAUGGUAUAAUAUACGUUGUCGUAGUGGUGGUCUGGAGUUACCAAUCAUAUCACCACGUCCGGAUCUGCUCGAGCGGCCGGAGCCAGUAGUUUUGGCUUUUGAUAUUGAAACCACAAAAUUACCGUUAAAAUUUCCAGAUGCGCAAACCGAUCAGAUUAUGAUGAUUUCAUAUAUGAUUGAUGGUCAAGGCUAUCUCAUAACAAAUCGUGAAAUAAUUUCAACAGAUGUAGAUGAUUUUGAAUAUACACCGAAACCAGAAUUCGAAGGCAAUUUUAUUGUGUUCAAUGAAAAGAAUGAAAUGCAUUUAAUACAGAAAUUUUUCGAUCACAUAAUGGAGGUGCGGCCGCACAUUGUGGUGACAUAUAAUGGUGACUUCUUCGAUUGGCCAUUUGUUGAGACGCGUGCUGCUGUCUAUGAUUUAGAUAUGAAACAAGAGAUUGGUUUUUCCAAACUGAGAGAUGGCUUUUAUUUGAGUAGACCGGCUAUACAUAUGGAUUGUUUAUGUUGGGUAAAACGUGAUUCCUAUCUUCCCGUUGGUUCACAAGGUCUCAAAGCGGUAGCGAAGGCCAAAUUGCGUUACGAUCCAGUUGAACUGGACCCCGAAGACAUGUGUCGCAUGGCUGUCGAACAACCACAAGUUUUGUCUAACUAUUCAGUCUCCGAUGCGGUAGCCACCUACUAUUUGUAUAUGAAAUACGUGCAUCCGUUUAUCUUCGCUUUGAACACAAUUAUUCCGAUGGAACCAGAUGAAAUUCUGCGCAAAGGUUCAGGCACAUUGUGUGAAACCUUACUUAUGGUGCAAGCUUAUCACGCGAACAUUGUUUACCCCAAUAAACAACUCAGUGAGCUAAAUAAGUUGUCGAAUGAGGGGCAUGUAUUGGACUCUGAGACAUACGUUGGUGGACAUGUAGAAGCGCUGGAGUCGGGCGUGUUUCGUGCCGAUAUACCAUGUCGCUUCCGACUCGAUCCAAAUAUGGUCAAUAAACUAAAAGAUAAUGUGACCAAAGUGUUAGUGCAUGCCAUUGAGGUGGAAGAAGGUGUACCAAUAGAUAAGGUGACAAAUUUAGAGGAAGUGGAUAAAGAAAUAACACAAGCGUUGCAAGGUCUCCAUGAUAUCCCCAAUCGUCUGGAACAACCUGUCAUAUACCAUUUGGACGUUGGCGCUAUGUACCCCAAUAUUAUUUUGACCAAUCGGCUGCAACCGUCGGCUAUGGUAAGCGAAACUGAUUGCGCCGCAUGCGAUUUUAAUAAGGCCGGUGCUAAAUGUAAGCGCGUCAUGGAUUGGUUGUGGCGUGGUGAGAUGUUACCGGCGUCCCGAAAUGAAUUUCAACGCAUACAACAACAAUUGGAAACUGAGAAGUUUCCACCACUUUUCCCCGGCGGUCCGAACCGUGCAUUUCAUGAACUCUCGCGCGAAGAUCAGGCCGCCUAUGAGAAGAAACGUCUCACCGACUACUGUCGAAAGGCUUAUAAGAAGACGAAAAUCACAAAAUUGGAAACGCGCACCUCCACCGUUUGUGAGCAGGAGAACAGUUUUUAUGUGGAUACAGUGCGUGCCUUUCGCGAUCGUCGCUACGAAUACAAAGGACUGACCAAAGUGGCGAAAGCAGCUGUCAAUGCAGCGUUAGCGUCUGGUGAUGCUGCUGAGAUUAAAGCGGCAAAAGGCCGAGAAGUGUUGUAUGACUCACUGCAAUUGGCGCACAAAUGUAUUCUGAACUCUUUCUACGGUUAUGUGAUGCGACGUGGCGCGCGUUGGCAUUCCAUGCCAAUGGCUGGCAUUGUCUGCUACACGGGUUCGAAUAUAAUCACAAAGGCGCGUGAGAUAAUCGAACGUGUCGGACGCCCGUUGGAGUUGGACACAGAUGGUAUUUGGUGUAUUCUACCCGGUUCGUUCCCACAAGAGUUUACGAUACAAACGACGCAUGAAAAGAAAAAGAAAUUCAAUAUCUCGUACCCAAAUGCAGUGUUGAACACAAUGGUGAAAGAGUAUUUCACCAACGACCAAUACCAUGAAUUGGUCAAGCCAGCGCAAGAUGGUAAACUGCCAGAGUAUCGUAUACGUGAAGAGAAUUCAAUUUUCUUUGAGGUGGACGGUCCCUACUUGGCGAUGGUGUUGCCAGCUGCGAAGGAAGAGGGCAAAAAGCUGAAGAAACGUUAUGCUGUAUUCAAUUUCGAUGGUUCGCUAGCUGAGUUAAAAGGUUUUGAGGUGAAGCGACGUGGUGAAUUGCAGUUAAUUAAGAACUUUCAAAGUUCAGUCUUCGAGGCUUUCUUGGCGGGCAACACUUUAGAAGAAUGCUAUGCUUCAGUAGCCAAAGUAGCUGACUAUUGGCUGGAUGUGCUUUAUAGUCGUGGUUCCAACCUACCGGAUUCGGAACUUUUUGAUUUGAUCGCUGAAAAUAAAUCGAUGUCCAAGAAACUCGAAGAUUAUGGUGAACAAAAGAGUACUUCCAUUUCUACCGCCAAGCGUUUAGCCGAAUUCUUGGGCGACCAGAUUGUCAAAGAUGCUGGGUUAGCUUGCAAAUAUAUCAUUUCGAAGAAACCAGAAGGUGCGCCUGUCACGGAACGUGCGAUCCCGCUGGCUAUUUUCCAAUCAGAGCCGAAUGUGCGGCGUUAUCACUUGCGACGCUGGCUCAAAGACAGCACCAUGGGCGAUGCGGAUAUACGUGAUGUGCUGGACUGGAACUAUUACAUUGAACGUUUGGGCGGCACUAUACAAAAGAUCAUCACCAUACCCGCAGCGCUGCAGGGACUCUCGAAUCCGGUGCCGCGCGUACAACAUCCCGAUUGGCUGCAUAAGAAAAUACUCGAGAAGAAUGAUGUGCUCAAGCAGCGGCGCAUAAAUGAAAUGUUCAUGCCGAAAGCGAAAACAGCGCGUGAAAUACGCGCCACCAGCGAGGUAGCCGACAUGGAGGAUUUAGUGGCAAGAAAUACAGCAGAAGGUGCGCUCGACGGACGUCCUGUUGUAACAAAACGCAAGCGUGUGAAUUCCGGUGAAAUCGAGGAGGCGGAAGAUGAAGCUAACAAGGCAGCAGCGGCAGCAACUUGGCGUCAAGCGCUUGGCGCGCCGCCACCAAUUGGCACAACGCGCGACGAAAUAAUCGAAUGGGUGAAGUUCCAGAAGAAAAAGUGGGCAUGGCAGCUAGAGCGUCGACUGCGUGUGCGCCAAGCCAAUAAGCGGCCGCGCAACGAACAACAAUUGGCGCCACAAAUGCCAAGCGGCAGAGAUGGCGUAACAGCCACAGGCACAAUAGGCGGCUUCUUGCGACGCGCACAACGCGCGCUAAUCGAUCAUGUCUGGCAUGUGCUGCAGAUAGUGCCAAAUGAUGAUAUGGGUCAUUUCACGGUGUGGCUGAUGAUUGGCGAUGAACUGCAUCGCAUCAAGUUGACGGUGCCGCGUAUUUUCUAUGUAAAUCAACGCAGCGUGGCGCCACCCGAAGAUGGACAGUUGUGGAAGAAAGUCAACCGUGUGCUACCGCGUGCGCGUCCCGUCUACAAUCUCUAUCGCUACAGUGUGCCAGAGCAGGUGUUCAAAGAUAAUUGCCUCGGUAUGUUGGCUGAUCUGGCAACGCCUGAUAUUGAGGGGAUCUAUGAGACCCAGAUGUCCUUAGAAUUCCGUGCACUCAUGGAUAUGGGUUGUCUCUGUUCGGUGCAGCGUCAGGAGGCACAACGUCUGGCUGCGCUUGCCACCAAGGAUUUGGACAGCUUCUCGAUUGAACAGCUAGAGCAACGCCUGCAGGGUCACACUUAUUUGAAAGACUCUCAACAUAAACUACGUAAAAUAUAUCUCUAUCAACACAACACACCCACGGCCAAAAAGGAAAUAUGGGGCCUCUUUCUAUUAUCCAGCCGAAAGGCGUUGAUCUUCGCGCUAGACACAGUGCGCACCAAUCAAAUGCCAAAUAUGCGCACACUCUACACCGCCGAACGCUUGGCACUCAUCAAAACCAUGAAGGAUGUGGCGGAAGUAGAGCGUUUGCCACCAGAAGAAUUUACAUUCGAAGUGCUCAUCGAAGUGGAUGUGAAACAGAUCUAUCGUCACAUACAACGCGCACUUACCGCAUAUAAGGAUGAGAAACGCGGUCCCUCCAUGCUUUACGUGCAGACGGCGACGGAAGCGCGAAAACUCAACUCGGCAAUGCCAGUCUUGCUGGACUUCCCGCAGGCGCUCAUACACAUCACAGACGAUGCGUCGCUUUUAUCGGGGCUGGAUUGGCAACGUCAGGGCUCACGCGCUGUGGUGCGCCACUUUUUGCAUCUCAACAAUGUGGUCGAGAUGAUGUUGGAUCAGUGUCGCUACUUUCAGGUCCCUAUCGGUAAUAUGCCACCUGACACAGUACUCUUCGGCGCAGAUCUCUUCUUUGCGCGCAUUCUGCAGCGCAAUAAUUUCGUGCUCUGGUGGUCGACCACUACGCGUCCCGAUCUGGGUGGACGUGAGGCCGAUGACAGUCGUCUAUUAGCUGAAUUUGAAGAGAGUAUUACGGUCGUACAGAAUCGACCGGGUUUUUACAGUGAUGUGUGUGUCGAGUUGGCGCUGGAUAGCUUGGCUGUCAGCGCCUUACUACAAUCGAAUCGCAUACAAGAGAUGGAGGGCGCAAGUUCGGCGGUAACCUUCGAUGUGAUACCACAAGCUUCGUUGGAGGAAAUGAUUGGCACCGUGCCCGCGGCAACACUACCCAGCUAUGAUGAAACGGCGCUGUGCUCCGCCGCUUUUAGAGUGUUGCGACAUAUGGUGAAUGGCUGGUUGCGCGAAGUAGCGCUGAAUCAGAAUAUUUUCGCUGAUUUCCAAUUGAUACACUUCUAUCGUUGGGUGCGUUCCUCAAAUGCCUUAUUGUACGAUCCGGCAUUACGACGUACUUUGAAUAAUUUAAUGCGUAAAAUGUUCUUGCGCAUUGUGGCGGAGUUCAAGCGCUUGGGUGCGACAAUUAUCUACGCCGACUUCAAUCGCAUCAUACUUAAUUCGGGCAAAAAGACCGUGGCUGACGCUUUAGGCUAUGUGGAGUAUGUGGUGCAGAGCUUACGCAAUAAGGAACUCUUCCAUUCGAUACAGUUGUCUUAUGAACAAUGUUGGAAUUUUAUGCUGUGGCUUGAUCAGGCCAACUAUGCAGGCAUACGCGGUCAAUUGCCGCCGGGUGUAACGAGUGACACUGUUUUAUGUAAUGUUGAUGAUGACGAUGAAGAUGGCGAUAAGACAAAGAGCUCCACGCAAACUAAGCGUCGCAGCAAUGAGGACGAAGAUGAGGAUGAGGAUGACAUUGAAGAGAUUGUGCGUCCAGAGGAUGUAGACGAGACCGGUACAGCGGAUGGUGAAAGCGAGCAACAGCUCUCGCUGGAAUUGAAUUGGACAAUUGGUGAACAUCUGCCCGAUGAGAAUGCAUGCCGCGAGAAAUUUGAGACGCUGCUCACAUUAUUUAUGCAAUCCCUGGCCGAAGGCAAAGAUACCAGACAAGCUAUCAAGGAAAUAUCACAUCCUGCCUUUGAUUUCGUAACUAAACUGCAUAAAAAUUACGGCAAGGGACGACCAAGUCCCGGUUUAGACUUGACGCGUGCCGUAGUGAAAGCGUUCAGUGUUGACAAGGGCUUGGCCGACGACGUGAAUGAGUUGAGACGAAACAUGCUCCGACUCGUAGGCAUUGGCGAAUUCUCCGAUCUGGCUGAGUGGAAGGACCCUAGUGAUACUUAUACCAUUGCUGAAGUGAUUUGUAAAGCAUGUAAUCACUGUCGCGAUUUGGAUCUGUGCAAAGACAAACAUCGCGCAAUGAAGGAUGGCAUCCCAGUUUGGUUGUGUGCGCAGUGUUUUGUUGCAUAUGAAAAUGAGGAGAUCGAAAUGCGCAUUAUCGACGUGGUGCAACGCAAGGUCAUGUCCUAUGUGCUGCAGGAUUUGAGGUGCGCACGCUGCAAUGAAAUUAAGCGUGAAAAUCUCGCGGAGUUUUGUACUUGCGCUGGCGAAUUCGUGCCGCUUAUAAGUGGCCGCGAAAUCAACGGUCUGUUGCGCACCUUCCGACGUGUCGCGGAAUAUCACAAAAUGCAACUGCUGCAGGAGACAGUGGAACAAGUCAUUGCAACGUAACGCGGCUACUUUCGAACUUAAACUACUCUUAAAGUACGCUGCACCAACAAUCAUAAAAGUUUUGUUUGUGUUUUACAAUUAGUUUUUUUUUUAUUUUCUUCUAGGAGGCGUUAUUAUUUUAAAGACCAUAAAGAAAUAAAUUGUUUACCGUAUUUUAAUAAACACGCAAAACUUCUUAAUGCAACGUCUGCUGUCGGCCACAAGCGGCAUUUGAAAAUUGCAACCUAAAGAAUAUUAAAAAUCUAAUUGGUUGAUGUGAUGGGAUCGAUUUUGACUUCUGGGAACUUGAAUUCGGGGAAUUUAGUCAUAUCGA